AUGGUCGAUCAAACCCUCAAGCGAGACGGAGCUGAACACCUACAAGGUAAUGCAGUAAGACCGACAAAGAAGCAAAGAAUAUCUGGAGAUGCUUCCGAGAACGACACCGAGAUGCCAGCCGACUCCGAGGAAGAGGAGGAAGACAUGCCAAUCGAGAGGGCUGAAGAGUCGCGCGCGUCCGAUCUAUACCUUGACACGAUUAACAGAGCAAUCCUUGACUUUGACUUUGAGAAAGUCUGUUCGGUCUCUCUAUCAAACAUCAAUAUAUAUGGGUGUCUCGUUUGUGGCAAAUACUUCCAAGGAAGAGGCCGCAAAUCCUAUGCAUACGCCCACUCUAUUCACGACGACCACCAUGUCUUCAUAAAUCUCGAAACCACCAAGGUCUACGUAUUACCAGACGGUUAUCUGGUAUCCGACCCUUCUCUGGAAGACAUAUCUUACGUUCUUGCGCCGUCCUUUACACCAAGCUCAAUAGCCCACCUUUCUUCAAAUACCCAUAUCUUGAAACCUUCAUAUGAUCUCACGAACAAACCUUACCUGCCUGGUUAUGUGGGUCUCAACAACAUCAAGCGCAAUGACCACAUGAACGUUAUCAUACAUUCCCUUCUUCAUAUACCUCCUCUCAGAGACAGUCUCUUGCUGUCUCGAUAUCGAGGAAAGGAAUCCGAGCUUCUGAAGCGCUUUGCCGGACUUGCGAAAAAGGUCUGGAACCCGCGCCUAUUCAAAAGCCAAGUCAGCCCGCAUGAGUUUCUUCAGGAGGUGAACCGGGCGAGCGGUGGGAAAUUCCGUCUUGAGCAACAGGGUGACCCGGCCGAAUUUUUGGGCUGGCUGCUAAACCGCCUACACAAAGAUCUGGGUGGUACUAAAAAGAAGUGUUCUAGUACCAUUUUUUCAACCUUCCAAGGAGAACUUCGCCUAGAAACACAGCAAGUUCUUGUUCGACCUGAUGUCGGAGAAAAUGACAAGCCCCGCUUUGAUAUAGACCGAGAUAUUAAGACUUCUGUGUCUCCAUUCUUGUUCCUAGCGGUGGAUCUCCCACCGCCGCCACUAUUUCAGGACGCGAUCGAGAAGAACAUCAUCCCGCAAGUUGGUAUACAUUCCGUGUUGUCCAAAUAUGAUGGCCGAACCACUCAGGAAUCAGCUGGGCAUCUUCGGCGCUACAAAUGCCAACGCUUGCCUCCUUACAUCAUUCUCCAUUAUAAACGGUUCACCAAGAAUGCUUUCGUGGAAGAGAAGAAUCCGACGAUUGUCAACUUUCCUUUACGCGGCGUAGACUUCAGAGAAUAUGUCGAUGCACCGUCAACCAACGAGACAACUUUGUACGAUUUGAUCGCGAACGUUACCCACGAGUCAGUUGCCGGUACAACUCGAGACAAGGAAAAUACGGUCUGGAAAGCCCAUCUUCGAGCAGCAGGCGGUGGUGGGGACAACGAAAAGUGGUUCAUGAUACAGGACUUGAUUGUCGAGGAGACGAGGAAGGAAAUGAUAUUCCUUGGGGAAACAGUCUUACAGAUAUGGGAACGCCGAACGACUAUUAGUAGUAACGGACAGAUGGCAUAA